AUCAGAAGGUACGGCACUCUUGAAAACCAGAUUCGGAAAAUCUCUCCUCUGAAAUCCUAACAUUAAGACCGCAAGACUGCUCGUGAAACGUUCUCAAGCAAGAAAUGCCUGACUCUGUAUGACAGCCUGUGUGUCCUGAGGGGAAUUUCUGAACCACGGAGCACAGACCUGACAUCCUUUAGGGUAGGGAGGCACUGACCAAAAAUAUUUCCGAAUGUGGUCCUUCUGAGCGGUUCCACUUUCUUUGACGGUACGUCACCCUUAUUGGUUGGCAAAGUGAGGGUGAUUUAACGAAGAGUUCGCAAGCAACUCUCAAUACUACUAUGAAGGUAAUUCGAGGUUGAUGUGAGGUAUGGAUGGUGUUCCUGAAGCUCAUUUGUGCAAUUGCUCUCUGUGUGAAUCCAUUCAUCCCAUACUCUUUAACUAGAAGAUGGUUCGAUCAUGAAGUAUCAUCGAGGAUAGCUGCCGCCAUUUUACGGUGUAACACAAGGAAGUCUUGUUCACUAGAAAUACAACGAUGCCUUCCCAGCUCAUUGAUUGCUUCUCGAUCGGGCUCAAAAUCUUGUUAGAAGAAAAAUCACAGUCAGGAAUUUACUAUCAACAUGUUAAUACGCCCUUUGUUGGAAGAUCAACAUUUGGACAUGUGAUUACUACAUACUUCUUGAAGCAUUAGCAGAAAUUCUCAUUGUUGAGAAACUUUCGAGAAUAUUUAGCUGGAGAGGUCCAGCUGAAAACGUGGUGAUGUCCGAUGUGGCAUGAGUUUCAAAGUCCAUUCAAGUUCAACCCACAGUUCACCGAAGAACUCGAGAAGCUGCUAGAGCUUAUGGAGUCUAAAUGGGCCAAAUAUACCAAACCCUGGACAAGGUCUGUAAGUCCAGUGCAGUUUAGUACAGAAUCAUAAAGAUAGUCGGUGACACCUGACGGGCGUCAAACUCGCAAGCUGAAGGCGGCGGAACGACCCCGAGGGCGGUAGGAUGUGGACCACCGGCAGCUCUGGAGUCUUGACUCUGGAAGUACUUCUUGGCUCCUAAAUUUGGGAUCUCCAUACUCAGUCAUAAUGGUGCAUCAGAAGUUCGUUCUGAGUGUCGGAUGAGGUCGCAGU